AUGUUGACCGUGAUUGUCUAUCUGCUUCUAAUAACACCUUUUGUAACGUCAUCCAUCCAUCAAGCAGAAGUGGUGCAGACGCAAUCAGGUUUGAUACGAGGCAUAAUCCAGUCCUCCAGUUUAAAUGGAAUCAGUGUCCAGAAAUUUCUUAAUAUUCCGUAUGCCGAAGCUCCUGUUGGUGAACUAAGAUUUGAAAAACCUCGACCAAGAACACCCUGGAACGGGGCCUUAAACAGCACUGAACAAAUAAUCGCGUGCAUUCAACCAAAUCAACUCGGUCUGACCAUCACAGAAGACUGUUUAGUCCUCAAUGUAUGGACGCUAUUUCCUCGUCCAAAGAAUGCGAGUGUUAUGGUUUGGAUACACGGUGGAGCAUUCCGUUUUGGGAACUCCGGCGAGACCCAAGGUCCAAAUAUGGUGGCUGUUGGUAAUGUCAUACUAGUCGCUAUCAAUUAUCGACUCACAGCUUUAGGAUUUCUUUCAACUGGGGACGACAGGAUUAAAGGUAAUUUCGGUCUUUAUGACCAACGUUUGGCGAUCAAAUGGGUUAAAGAUAACAUCGCUAGUUUUGGCGGGAAUCCUAAUUCGAUCACAUUAUUUGGCGAAAGUGCGGGGGGUGUAAGCGUAUCUGCGCAUACCUUGUCUAAAGAAAGCUGGAAGUAUUUCGAUAAAGCAAUCUUGCAAAGCGGAAGCAUGAUUAUGCCGUGGGCUAUUACGACAGAUGCCCAGAUUAAAGAUGGGUUAAAAUGGUUCCUGGAGAAAGCCAAGUGUAAUAAUGAUGAUAAAAUACUCACGUGUCUUCGAAACGUGAGUGAAAGUAAAUGGAAGAAGAUUUUGGAUAGCGAUGGUUUCGAUGAGAUAUGGACCGGUCCUGUGAUUGAUAAAGAAUUCAUAUCCGAUCAUCCCCAAAAAUUAUGGGCGAAAGGAGAAGUUAAAAAUCAAAGUAUUAUCAUCGGAAUUACUAAGGAUGAGUGGUUUUAUAUGGAACAAAAGCUUUUGAAACAAUCGAAGAACAUUAGCAAAUAUUUAGAAUAUUUCGAGAUAAAAUUGGAAGAACAUUUCAAAAAUUCGUCUAAGGCGGUGUACGACAAAGCGAGGGAACUUUAUCAGCCGAAGUGUAUUCCUUCUCACUUGGAGGCUUUGAAGCCGAGCGUAGCAUUUGGAUCGGAUAUACUCGCAUACGCCGUUGGUACAAUACAUACCUAA